AUGUUGGGCAUCCUUUGUGAACAUGCGGCAAUCGUUAUUCUUUCCAUCGGUCAGAAUGUUGUUGAUUUUGUUCAAGAUUGGUACAAAUUCCCAAUGCAAGAGCUGAUUUACUCGGGCUCCUUAUCCGGUAUAGAGACGCAUGACAUGCCAAUGGUCGCUAAUGAUGGUUUGGUUCGAUCUAUCACCGGUGAAGUUUUCCUCUCUCUUAACCCUCCCCAUACCAAGUGGCCUCCUGGCAGACUAAGAAAGAAGCGCAUUGAGUCCCAAUUUCAAGAUAAACGGACUGUCUCUUGCUCAAGAUGUCAUAUUUCUGGGCACAACAGGAAAACGUGUAAGAACCCUUUGUCUUAA